CCUCCUCCCCCUCCUCCCGCCUGCACCCGCCCCGCCCGCAGCACGGCGGCGGCGGCGGCAGCGGCAGCGCGGCUCGGAGCGGUGCCCACAGCCGGCCCGGCCGGGCCGCGCCGCCGCCACCACGGGAAUUUUCCGCCCUCGGAGGCUGUUCCUGUGCAUCCCCCAAGGAGCCGGUGGGAGCCGGCGGGGCCAAGCCUUUCCCGAGGGAACAUGCACUGAAAGAGGAGCUUAGCCAGACCACGGCUGCCGGCGCCCUUCGCCUGGACCCUGAUGGACUCCAAGGCAGGACUGCAUUACCAUGGUGAUGAUCUUAACCAAAACUCGGGAAAACAAAGGUGCUGACUCUGUAACAUGCAGGACUGAGCUGCACACUCCAAAGAUGAGUCAAGGACCUACCCUCUUCUCUUGUGGCGUGAUGGAAAAUGACAGAUGGAGAGAUCUCAGCAGGAAAUGUCCACUUCAGCUCGAGCAGCCGGGCACCAGCAUCUGGGACUGCUUGUCGGACAAGGGCGAAGAGGGCUCGCGCUGGCCAAGGGAGACGGCCAGCACCUGCUCCGUCACCAACCUGAUCAAAGACCUCAGCCUCAGUGACCCCCACGGCAACCCUUCAGCCCCCCCCAGCAAGCGCCAGUGCCGCUCGCUCUCAUUUUCGGAUGAAAUGUCAAGCUGCGGGACCUCGUGGAGACCCUUAGGCUCGAAGGUUUGGACCCCGGUUGAGAAACGGCGGUGUUACAGCGGGGGGAGCGUGCAACGCUACUCCAACGGCUUUGCCACCAUGCAGAGGAGCUCGAGCUUCAGCCUGCCCUCGCGGUCCAACCCGCUCUCCUGCGAGCAUCCCGCCUUCAGCAGCCGGCUGGGAUGCCAGCCUGGCACGGGGCCGAGGAAAUCAGCCACCGGCAGGCACGGAGGAGACCGGGUGGACAUGCAGAGAUCCCUCUCCUGCUCACACGACCGCUUCUCCUCCUCGGAGUACUGCCCACCCUCGGCAAGCAGCACGCCCGCCUCCACGCCGGAGCUGGGGCGACGGGCCGGUGGGCUCUCCCGAAGCCGCUCCCAGCCCUGUGUCCUGAAUGACAAAAAGGUCGGGAUCAAGCGACGGAGACCAGAGGAGGUUCAGGAGCAACGGCCCUCGCUGGACCUCGCCAAGAUGACCCAGAACCGCCAGACUUUCAACAGCCUUACCUGCCUUAGCACCGCGGCCGAGGAUGGCUCCCAGCGGCUGCCCAGCUCACAGCCAUGGACCGCGGCCCCCCGCUCCCCGGAGGUGAUGCCAGGCAGGACCCCCGCCUGCACCCCAGUGCCGGAUCCACCGCGCUCGCGGGUCGACGAGCGCCAGGCCAGCAGGGACGACCUCUCCUGCGAGGAGGAGGAGGAGGGUGGUGGGAAGGAGGAGGACGGGGCGGCGUGGCGGAGUGGUGGGACGGGUGCCGAGAGCCUCUUCCAGCUGGAUGGUGAGAUAGAUAUCGAGCAGAUAGAAAACAACUGAGGAGGGAGUGGGUCCUCUCGCCCUGGGGUCGGGGGGCUGCCAGCAGAGCCGUGGAGGGCUCCUCGCUGCCAGCACGGGGUUUGCGGGGUCCUGCCACUGCUCCCCUCCUGCCAGCUGGAGGGGACAAAGCAGCUUUGCCAAAAUUUCAUCAGGUAUUUAGAGCAAUUUGUGUGCGUGCGUGUGUAAAUCUUGAAAUUCUUUUUAACUACUGUAGCCAGAGAUCAGCUAGUUGGAGGAAACUGCCUGUCCAACUGGGGAAACCGGGCACAGGGAUCACCAAAAACUCGCAUUUGGCGAGUAAAUGGCUUUUGCCAGCAUAGGGUUGGAGCUGAUGGGGCCAGCCACGCUCCCGUGGAUCCCACCCGCACUUGUUUAUUAGGGGAUACACAAGGAGAAACCACCACCCAUGGGACUGGAAAAAGUGGGGGGAAACCGAAAUAUCGAGAUUUGCAAACCAAGGGCUGGCUGGUGGCUGUGGGGGCAGCUGCGGCUCCUCUUCUGCCACACCCCAGAGGGCCCCAGCACCCCCCUUGCUCCCCACGUCCCUGGCGGUGCCGUGAGAAGGAAAUCACAAGUGAAGUGUUUUGCUUAAACUUAAUAACGGUAAAAGCUGGAUUUUUACUUUUUUUUCCCCUCCCCCCCAAAUUUUCCUUUUCCUCAUGAGGAAUUAAAGGGACCCCCAGCCCACACAGCUCCAACGCAGGGUGGCAACUGCAGCAGUGCUCAGCUGCCCAAGGAUGCUCCAAUGCCUUUCUUCCCUAUUUUUUUUCUUCCCACUCCCCUCUCUCAAACCAUUGGGAGGAAACUUGGCGCUGCCCUUGCUCGGGUUCCCAACACCCAAUUCUGAGCGGGGCCAGGCCAUUUACCCAUUUACUAGCGGCUGUGCCCUCUUUGCUCCCCGAGGCACUGCUGCCACCCUCUUAUUUUUUUGCUCUGUCUUACUGUGAAGGGGCUGCACGCCCAAGGCAUGCUGCGGGGUUACUUGACAAAAAAUCAGCUGGCGAAAGGCUGAAAAUCCAGGUAGCAGCACUGAAAGCUUUUCCUCUUCCUGUGCCUUUUUUAAGCACAGAUAAAGUGGUGACCAUUAUGUUUGUACGAUAUGGAUUCUCUUUGGUAAAAAUAAGCAGUCCACUUGCUAACAGGUUUAGAAGGACACAUAUUUUUUUUCCUCCCUCUUUUUUGUUUUUGUUUGUUUGUCUAAAGCUCUAGGAAAGCUGUACGAGUGGCUUCCAGCAUCUUCUGCAGGUUCCCUCAAGCUCAGGGUUUACUUCCCGAGCUCUGUAAAAGCAAGAAAGGAAAAAAAAGUCAGCGAUACCAACAGCAAUUGCAGGCAUGACCUUUUUUAACAGGGUUCGGUACACCCGUUGGCAAAGCUUUAGGAGUCUGUAACUCAGAAAGGGCUGAGAGCUGCUGGUACAGGUUUUAUUCAUCAUUUCUGGUUAUUUUAGUGCACUUUUUUCUGCGGUGGUUUGGGAUACGUGUGGUGUCUCCCAUCACAGUGGAACCCAUCAGCUGUUAUAUAGCUUUAUACCUGUCCUGGCACCGCAGAGGUUUUGCUGGUGGCGGUGGCCACGUCUGCUCCCUCCAGGCCGGGUGCUGCCAGGCAGGGCCAGCCCCAAAUCUCUGGGGAAGGGAUGACAGGGAUGUCUUUUCAUUUUGGACAACCCUCCAGCUCUUUUGAAGUGUCGCCUGAUGCAUUGUUUAAAAGAAAAUACAUCCUGGCUUCAUUGUUAGCCCUCCUGCAGCGGAAGGCGCUGCCUGCCGCCGAGGUUUUGGGAGGGUCCAGCCAUGCCAGCGUUCCCCCAGGCUGCCCCUCCGGUCCGUGUCCCCGCAGCGGCACAGCCACAGCACAGUUCUCGUCUUUGAGUCUUCCUGAUGCUCGAUACCCGCCACCACUGACGCGUCCCCGGUCUCAGGGUGCACAGCUCCCGCUGGCCACGGGCACCCCCUCAGCUGCCGUCUCCCCGACUGACCGGAAAAAGGGCAAAUUCACCCAAAUCCAUGUCCGGCUGCUGCCGUAGAGCUCCGGGUGGGCUCUCGCAUGUGCAUCACCGGGGCUGUAAUUCCUAAGGGCUUCUGUUUUCUUUCCAAGGGCUGCUUACCGGUGCCAUGCUAACCCCAGCCCCGGUAGGAAGGUGACCGAUGGACCACUACCCAGCUGUACUCGACGUAGCCGUAGCAUUCAGUUUACAUACAGCACAACCCGUUUGCCUUACUAAAGACGCUUUUCCAAUGAGUCAUGGCCUUAUACUGGGCACGUCAGCGUAGGCACAGACUACAGUUAGUGACGGUUUUGAGGCCACGGUGGUGUUCUGUUGGGUAUUUCGUUGUUGGGUUUGUAUGAUUUCAUGUACUUAUUCUCAGUUUAAGAAAGCCUUACUUUUUAAAUUUUUUUUUUCUCUCUGUAGAGGUAAAACAUUUGUGGAUUUAUAUAUAUAUAAAUAUAUAUAUAAAUAAAGUAAUUAAAAAUAUUAAAUAUAAUAUAGUAUGUGCCUCAGAUUCAGGGGACAUCCUGUUGAUUGUAAAGUCAGAAGUGGCGUUGCUCCCCGGCACGUGGGGGAGGUUCAGGAGACACAAACCCUACGCCCGCAGCGACCGCAGCGGGAGAGCAGGGCGUCCCCUGGGGGUCCUGCCCUUGGUUUGUAAGGACUUCACCUAUUACACAGAUUUUUUGGUAACUUCUCCCCUCCCCGGCAAAUUCCUGCCGGCUGCCAGAAUGUGAUAUUAAAGUAAUAUGCAGACAAUGGAUGUUAUUCCUUGCUAGGUAGCUAACACAGGCUCAUUAUUGUGGAGAGACUCGGUGGCUUGUCCAAGGCAUGACCCAGCCUGGCCAGCAGCCAUCUCAGGAUGCCAGCAAGCUCUGUCAGCGGCAAUAACAGUUCAUCAUCAUGAGUCCUGAAAAAUGGAUUUUAAUAGGAAAAGUCUUAGCACGCGCACGGGGAGUUUGCUGUGUGUUUGCAGAUGCAGCUCUUUGAGCCUGUUCUAUGAAAGAUUACAUUAAAAAAGAGACAAAAAGAAGUAUUUGUAAAAUAGAUUGUAAUUUUUCCACGUUAUAGCAUAGCCUAUUUGGCCAAUAAAGUUGUGUUUCAAGUGCAUUGUCAAAAAGCUCCUGGCUGAACGGGCUAACAGACAGACUUAACGUAGGAUGUGAUAGGAUUGUAGCAGUGCUUUACAGCGUUUAUGGGUUUGAUGUUCAAGAAAGCAAAAGAAGAGGAUGGCCAAAAAAAAAAUAAAAGAAGAAAAAAAAAAAAAGCCUUCUGAAGCUAUGACCUGUAGUAGCCAAGUCUCGCUGGCAAUUGCACAAGCGCAGCGGGACGUGCGUGUCCCCGGGGAGGGGCUGCCCGAGGUGCCCCCGCCGGUGCAGGCUGCCCUCUCCCCGGGCGGGCGAGGAGGCUGCCCACCCGUACCCCUCCAUGACUUGAUUGCACUAGAGCAGCUCAGUCUCAGGAAAUUGCUUGUUACUUUUACUGUGUAAAUAAAGCUUCCUGGUUCAAUAA